AUGGCCAUCUUCGACUCCAUCGGCUCCAACUCUUCCUCCGGCGGCCUCCCCGGCGCCCUCGUCCGCCUCGUCCUCCGCUUCUUCCAAUUCAUCCUCGCCCUCACCGUCGCCGGCCUCUACGGCACGGAUCUCCACCACGCGCACCAACAAAACAAGUACACUGAUGGAAAAUGGGUGUUUGCUGAAAUCGUGGCGGGUCUGGCGGCCGUGACGGUGUUGGUGUAUGGGGUGCCAUUUUUCAAGUCGUAUUGGGCGUUUGGGUGGGAUUGGGUGAUGUUCGCCCUCUGGACCGCCCUCUUCGGCCUCUUCGGCCGCAUCUACAUCCCUGCCCACCCAACCCCGAAACAAGGCGGUAUCCACCGCAUGAAGAACGCCGUCUGGGUCGAUCUGGUCAAUAUGCUGCUCUGGCUCGUCACGGCGAGUUAUGCUACGGUGAUCUUUUUGAGGAAUCGGGGGAGUGGGAGGACGUUGCAUACGGGCAGGGCGAAGGUGUAG